GCGCAGCUGAGGGAGGAGGGGGGAGGUAGAGAGGACGAUGCAGCAGGCAGAGAGAGGACAAGUGAGAAACCUGGCUACAGAGAAGACAGAAGAAUAAUAAUCAUGUUAGCCUCCUGGAAGCAGCUCAUUUUUCAGAUCCUUCUGCUUCUCGUCUCCUGCAGACACAUCAAUACAACAUCACCUGACCCAACGCCCCCACCGCUGGUUCCCAUCGAUUCACUGCCAAGAGAUGUAAGGCGUGCUGCUUUUAAAGGUGAAGGUCAGAUUGAGAAAGUUGAACUGUUGAACCCAGUAAAUCUGGAACUGGUGUGUACCUGGACUGGUCAUCAGAACAAAGAAUCAAACAUAACUGGGUUCUGGAGAAAAGAUGGGCUUGAAAUUGAGAACAGCCACCUCACAGUGCAGUUGGAGAAUGAGCAGUAUCAACUCCAACAAGUGUUCAACAUUGUCAGUGAAGAGAACCUUGGAAAUUACUCGUGUGUGUUUGAAAGUGAAGUCAAAAUAGACUUUGUUGUGGCAGUUCCACAGAUUGGUGAGAUACGAGAUAAGCCAGUAGUUACCUAUGUAGGGGACUCUGGGGUGAUUACAUGUAAAAUGGAAGAUAGCAAACCAAUGCCGAACACCUGGAAGUGGUAUAAAGCAAAUGGCACAGACAAGGAGGAGAUUUUUGCUGCUGCAGAGCCUCAACGGUAUGAAAUCAAAAACAAUGAGAGGAAGACUAAACUGCUGGUGAACAACCUGACAAUGGCAGACUCUGGUUUGUAUUACUGCGGUGCAGUGUACACCCUCAGCACCUCGAUGGGUCACGUGGAGCUGAAGGUCAUCACCUAUUAUGAGCCUCUGAAGCCCUUCAUGGCCAUCGUGGCCGAAGUGUUCAUCCUGGUCACCGCCAUCCUGCUCUUUGAGAGAAGUCGCUCCAAGAAAAACGACACAGAAGGAGACAUGAUGAGUGAUCAAACUAACACACUGUCACCGGGAGAAAAUAAUGGAUUAGAGGGAAGUUCUUCAAUGAGACAGCGGAAAACUUAAAGACCCUUGGCCUGAAUCCAGCGGACACAAGCUUCUAUAAAACUGAUGACAUACAGCAAUAUCUUAUCAAUUAUUUUAAGAACAUUUUGGUAACAUGGAAAGAGUUUAUGAAUACUCAUGACUUUAUGCAUGAAUUCAUCUAUGUAGUACUUCAUGAAUUGUUAUGUAAAAGUGAUUAAUGCAAUGAGUUAUUAAUCAGGUCAGGUUUUUGCAGUGCUCCUGUAACUGCAGACUUACCUAUGGAGAAGGCAUGAACACCAUCAUCAAACAUAGUGUUACCAAUAUUUUCACCAAACUUACCACCACUCACAACCACCACUUAAUAGUCAUUCCUUUGGUUCGUACAUAAGCGCCUCUUUUAUCUUUCAUUUCAUUUAUUGUUCACUCUAUUCCACUGGAAGGUUACAGUAUGUUUUUAUUUAACAGUGGUGUCAUGAUGGCUAAAGGAGCAAAGCAUUAACCCAUUUUAAUUGUGAACCCUGUAUAGCCUCACUUCCUGUGGAAAAUUUGGUACGCACACUUUCUGUCAAACAGGAAGGGCUUUUUUUUCUUUUUGGUAACACCUUAAACCUCAAAUACUCUCAAGUUCAUUCUAUUAUUUCCGCGUUAUGGUUUGUGAGCAGUGCCUUACACUUAACAAUGCAUACUGUGCUUGCAAUGAUUUUUUGUCACUUUUUAUAAUUUGUCCUCGCAGUUAUGUGCCUAACACGCUGUAUACUACCUUAAAUAUCAACAUAUAUGCAAAUGCUUAUUUAUCUUUUUCAUGUCAAUGUAUCAGAAGAUAGUCAUACUGACCUUUAUGUAACAGUGUGUCUCUCGUUGUCAACCUGCACAACAAAAGUGUACAACUGUAUGUGUAAACAAGCAAAUUAAAUCUACAGAAAUCAUUGCGUUUGUUUAACCUGCCUAUAAUAAUUAACUUAUUUCUUAUACUGAUUUAGAUGCUUACUUAAAAGAGUACUCCACCAAUUUUAUAGUUUUCCGGUGUUACUUCUGCUCAUGUGGAAAAAGUUCUAUGGUGGUUUUAGAGGGCGCUGCAGGAAGCCUGAUGCAUAAAGUGAUGUCAUGUUUUGUUGGUUGUGUCUGAAGAUUGAAACUGAAAAGAAAAAAAACUAGCAACACACUCAGAUCUCUAACUGAACUGUUGACAAGGGAGAAGAAUGUAGAAAAGAAUAAAAGAGGACAUUGUUUCAUCAAGAAAAA